AUUUCAUAACAUCAGGUCUGGACUUAGUUCAGGCACUCAAGCCACUGGAGUCCGUGUGUGUCAGCCUGCUAUAUCUCACCUUCUCAUGCCUCUCCUGUCCAUUUUCACGCCAGUCCUGGCGGCCGUGGUGUGCUUGGUGAUGGGCUUCAUAAUGCUGAAAUCACGGCCGACGGAGACCACCUCGAAGUCCCCGGGAGGGAAAACUGAGGGGCCGUGUAAAAAAGGCCAGGAUCUACAGGACGACACAGAAACAACAGAGGGUAAAGACGAAGAAGACGAUGAUGAUUGGGUGGACAUUGAUGAGGAGGCAAACUGCCCACAUGUGCCCUACUCAACACAACGUUACUCCGAGGAGACAAUGCUGGAGAGAUCCAAGGAUUUUUACACAAUGUUAAACCAUCGGAGGACGGUACGGUCCAUCAGCCCAGAGCCGGUCCCACAAGAAGUCAUUGAUUAUGUCAUCCGCUCUGCAGGUACGGCCCCCAGUGGAGCACACACAGAGCCCUGGACAUUCGUUGUGGUGUCAGACCCAGAGAUGAAGCACCAGAUCAGACAGAUAGUAGAAAAGGAGGAGAGAAUGAACUACCAGCAGAGGAUGGGAGACAAGUGGGUCAGUGACUUGAGCAAAUUUAGGACAAACUGGAUUAAGGAGUACUUGGAUGUUGCUCCAUACCUGGUCUUCAUCUUCAAACAGACCUAUGGCAUCCUACCAAAUGGCAAGAAAAAGACACACUACUACAAUGAAAUCAGUGUCUCCAUAUCUUGUGGAAUCCUCUUGGCUGCAUUACAGAAUGUGGGCCUUGUUACCGUCACGUCGACACCCCUAAACUGCGGCCCCCAGCUCAGGCUCCUCCUCAAACGGCCAGCCAAUGAGAAGCUGUUGAUGUUGCUUCCUGUGGGCUAUCCUGCUACUGACGCCACCGUGCCAGACUUGAAACGCAAGCCUCUGGAAGAUAUUACGGUGUAUAUGUGAACAAAUCAAUUUGCAGUGAAAAAUUCAGAAAGUUCAAAAUACUUUUUUCUUCUUUGACAUCGUUCACUUAGACCACAGCUGAAAAAUAAGAAAACUAUGAACCUAAUAGAAAUGUUUUAAUUGUGCUUAGAGUUUUGCUAAUGAGCUAAAGCUUCAAGUAGACUGUAUAUUGGGACAUCUAUUGAACAUUUCGUGAAUGGGAAAAUAAAGAACAAUAGUAAUUCA